AUGGUUUAUUUAGUUCAUGAAUAUAAGCGAAUAGAAAAAGAAUAUUCUAUUAUUUUAAGAGAACAAAUUAUCGAUGAAAUUGAUUUUAAUAUAACUAUUUGUACUGGAAUUUCUAAUAUAAAAUUUGGUAUCCAAGGAUUCGCCAACAAACCAUUUCUAAAAUAUAAAAAUAUAAAAAUACCUCCUUGUCAACAUUUUCUAUUCAAACAUAUCAAAAGUCGUGAAGUAAUUUGGUGGAAUGCCAGUGUUCCUUUAAAGGUUAAUGAUACUUUUAAUAAUGUAGGAGAAUAUUUGAAACAUUAUUAUUCCAGAAAUCAUACUGAUUCACUAUCUUUAAUAAUUGGUUUUACUAAAAUCGAAUAUUUAAAGAAAUCAUUUGAUUUAAUCCAUCUUUUAAAAGGAAAUAUUAAAAAUUAUGACGAUAAUAAAUUAUCGUUUGAUACUAAAAAAACAAUUUUAAUUAAUCCGGGACAAGCUCUAUUAAUAUCUCUUAAGGAUUAUAUUGCCAAUUCUGAUGGAAAAUUAUCGUUUAACCCACAAUUAGAAAAAAUACCCAUAAAAUUAGAGCCCAAUGAAUUUCAAUUUGGAAUUCAUCCAAUGGCAAAACUCAUCAAAUUUGAAAAUAAGAAAAAAUACACAUAUGUAAGUUUGGUCUCAAAUCUUGGAGGUUUUUAUAGUGCUAUCGGAGGAAUCUUUAUUUUAUUUUUUGGAAUGCCAAAACUUUCACCUUGGGGUUUGGCGCAAAAAUAUAUUUUAUCCUGCGUUCCUUGUAGAAAAAGUUUUACGAAGAGUCUCGCAAGAAAGUAUGUUUCGUCUGCGGGUAUUCCUUUAGCUGAAAAGGUUAAUAAAAGACCUGAAGCAUCAUCUCUAGAGCAAAGGAUUCAAAUCCUGGAAACUUUGCUACAUGAUUAUUAUUUAGAUGAUUCUUAUUUAAAGUUAAUCAAACGAUUUAAAAUUCAACAUAAAAGAAGGCUUGAAAAGUUUAACAUAGAAGGUGAAAACAAUCCACUGUUUUCAUCUGAAAAUGAUAAUGAAAUUGGUGAAAAGCAAACCUAA